AUGUGCUCUGGGGAUGUUGUGGAUGGCGCUGGGAGUGCUUCGCUCUACUGCGGGAAUGUGGAACAAGUCGCUAUACAGGUGUGGCAAAUAAUUUCCCUGAGCCUAAACCGGAGGCUGGAUCUGGUGCUACAGCGCAAGAGGGGGGAACAGCUGCAAAUGACGAGAAUUAGUGGCUACAACGCUCGACAGACGGAGAGGGUUAGGACCGGACCGGACGCCUGCAGGAUUGACUGGUCGGCCUUUGGCACCGACCACAACUCAAGAAGACAAAGCGCCAGUGUUUCUGGGAUUGCGAAUUUCUGGCAGCUUCCUGGAGAGUCCUCAAUGGUCUUAGGAUCCAACCUGCAGAUCCUCAAGCGCUUUCCCGCUUCCCCGUCCAGCCGGAACCGUGAAACGAGAUGCAGACGGCGCGGUGGCACCAAGGCUGCUCCGUCACAGUCCCUCCUGUACCCCUAG